UAAUACCUAAAGUCCAUAAAAAAAAAAAAAGCUCAUUGUUGGAUACACGAAAGACAAGAGAGGUCUGGCGAUGGCGACGACGGUGGUGAAGAGCGCGUUGCAGGCGAUUCGUGAGAGGGGUCUCCGCACUUUCUUAAGGGAGCUCAAGGAUGAUGGCUUCACGAAAUGCUUCUUCGAUGGAAACCUUCUGCAAACCAAAAUCCACAACAUAGGGGCAACAGUUGUGGGUGUUGAUAAAUUUGGCAAUAAGUAUUAUGAGAAACUCGGAGACACACAAGCUGGAAGACACAGGUGGGUUGAAUAUGCGAAAAAGGAUCGUUAUGAUGCUUCUCAGGUACCACCAGAAUGGCAUGGUUGGCUUCACUUCAUAACUGACCAUACCGGUGAUGAGCUUUUGAUGCUAAAACCCAAGAGGUACGGGGUGGAGCACAAGGAGAACUUAUCUGGUAAGGGGAAUGAGUUUAUCUACCAUUCUAAAGGACAUGCACUUAAUCCGGGUCAGAGAGACUGGACAAGGUACCAAUCAUGGCAACCAACCAAGGCUGAGUAGUAAUCUUUUGACUUUGCAAGCUGUGGGACGGAUGUUUGACUUUUGUUUUUGAUGAAUAAAUAUGGGUUGUAUUCGUCUCAAAGGAUAGCUUUUGGGCAUAUUUUUUAAAUACAAGAAACUGCAAACUAUCAACUUGAUAUUUGGAUGUUGCCAAAUAAGUUUGAAAUCAUCAUCUGAUAUUGUUCAAAA